GAUUGAUUCAUUUAUGAAGAACAUAGAAAAUGAAGUAAUAAUGAAGGCUCUGUACAACGCGAUUAGAAGAAGAAUAAACGUCAAAUUUCAGUACAAUACUCCAUAAAAAAUGUUAUUGCGGAGCUAAACCUUCAAGUAAAACUAAAAAUUAUAAAUUCCAAUGGUUAUCGGCUUCCUGCGGCAUGGCCACGGAGGAUCCGAGCGAACCGGGCGAGAUCGCCACCACGUCGACGGCCCUUGGCUUGGAGACCAUCGCCGAGGGGGAUCGGCACGCGAAGGACGGGCGGCCGGAGCCGGUGCGCAAGGGCGACGGUGAAUCCGGCAAAGGCAGGCGGGAAAUUUCGGAUUUGGCGGCGAUCGAAAGGGAAAUGGACGGCAACAAGAGGGACUACGAGCGCCGGUUGGACGGCGUUCAAAUCGAGGAGAAAUGGAUGGAGGAGUACAUGGAGAAAACGCCGGCGGACGAGCGCCCGCCGCAACUCGGAAAUGCCUCCGGAACGAGCGAGACUUCCGCCACGGACGAUAACAAAGGGUUGAUUUACUCCGAACCGUUGAGAUUGAGAGGCGGAUCGAUUGUUUAAAACCGAACAGAAGAGAAAUAAACCGUUACGAAAAUAUAAAAAGCG